GUUGGUAAACAGCGGCUGACAUGCGGCCGCUGCAUUUUCGUAAAAUAACAGAAUAAGUUCAAAAUAAAUAUUGUUUAGCUUGUCGCAACAAUAUUUUGUUUGUCGAAGCUGCGUCGAGUGACAGCUGCGCUUUCUAGUAAAUAGAGACCCCACUCUCAAGUCAUAUGUAUCUCGAUAUUUGGCCAACAAUUGUAAUUGUGGCAUGAAGUUUUCGACGUUGCACAGUGUGGACACCGUUUAUUCCGCCGAUUCGGUGGAAUGGUGCACAGUGGAUGAGGCACAUAAUGGCUAUUUUGCGUGUGGCACCUAUCAGCUGGUGAAUGCGGAGCAAACAGCUGCUGAAGGUGGCACGCAACAACAGUCGCAACAUUCACAGCAGCCACGCAAGGGUCGCGUCUAUCUGUAUGCCUUCGAUGUGCAGGGCGGUGCUCUGCACCGGCUGCAGUGCAUCGAAACAGCAGCCAUCUUGGACAUGAAGUGGCUGCCCGCCGGCAACUCAGAGAGCGGCCCGCUGCUGGCCACAGUCAAUGGGCUCGGUGAGGUCGACAUCUACGAGCUGCUAGCCGCCGAACAGCGACUGAUGAAACGUGCCAGUUUGCAGCUGGAGCAGAGCGAAGAGGAACCGAUUCUAGCAUUGGCCAUCGACUGGCGACAAUGUGCUGACGAUGCAGAUGUUGUGCAGCUACUAGUGUCCGAUUCCAGGGGCAAUAUCCAUCAGUUGCAGUUGCAUGCGGCGCAGCAGAAGCUCAGCCAACUGCGCUGCUGGCAUGCGCACAAUUUUGAGGCAUGGACAUGCGCCUUUGAUCGCUGGUCGCCCCAGCGUCUCUACACCGGUGGCGACGAUUGCCUGCUGCAUGCCUACGAUUUGCGCAUCGGCGACACGGAUCGUAUCUGGACGAAUCGGGCACAUGGCGCCGGCGUCACCUCUCUGCUAAGUCGUUCAGUUGCCGAGCACCAACUGCUCACGGGCAGCUACGAUGAGGUGUUGCGCCUCUUCGAUACGCGCCGCAUGAAGUGCAGCCUCGCCGAGCUCAAUCUGGGCGGUGGCAUUUGGCGCCUCAAGCCGCAUCCGUUGCGUAACAAUCUCAUCCUUACCGCCUGCAUGUACAAUAACUUUCAUGUCGUCGACAUAAGCUCGUCGGGCCCGGGCCCGGGCCUGAACCUGGUGGGCACCUACGGACAGGAGCAUGAGAGCAUCUGUUAUGGCGCCGAUUGGGCGCCAAAUAUCAAUAGUCUGGGCUUAGCGGGCGGUGCAAGUGCUGAGAUUUUCCACAUGGCAACCUGCUCCUUUUACGAUAACAAACUCUGCGUGAGCAGCGUUCAAGCAUAACCUGAAACGUUGCACAUUUUGUUAUCCUCUUAAUUAAGCAGACAGAUUAGCUAUAAAAUAUAAUCGUUUUAUAUAAAUACGUUUUUUUUUAAUUUUUGCCUGUUUAACGUUUGAAUUUAUUGUGAUUAAAGUUUAAAUAAUGUGCUGACAAGCACAGCAAACA